AUGGCCACCGUUCGAUUGCGCCGCAAGGCUGCUCGAAUGGCGCUGUCGCCUACUGUUUCCAAGCCAUCUCUUCCAUCUCCUAACAAGCCACGACGGGAACGGCCCGGUCCCUUUGCCUCGAUGAACCAGACUCAGGCACGGAUUCGAGACACACCACGCACAAGAUCACAGGCGGCCCUCAAGCGUUCAGGGGAGGAGGGCAAGACGGAGAAGAAGGAAAGCCCAUUGUACAAAGCGUUGAAGAUGCAGACAACUUUGACACCUGUGCCUUAUGGUCGACGUUCCGCUAUCAAGGCUCGACUUGCCGACAUUACCAGCUUCGACCACUUCCCUCUCCUUCCCGCAGUUCGACAGUCAAUCUUCGCUCAGGCUCUGGCUGGUCUCACUGAUGUUACCCCCACGCCCAUUCAAAGACUCGCGAUCCCCGAACUAUUGCUGGAUGAAUCCAAGAAGAAGAAGAAAGUGAAGAAGGCGAACGAAGAUGAAGAAGAAUACAAUUUUGACCAGUACCUUCUGGCAGCCGAGACGGGCUCGGGAAAGACCCUCGCAUACUUGCUUCCAAUCGUCGAUGCUAUCAAGCGUGCUGAAGUCAUUGAUAUGCAGGAGGAGAAAGCUAUUGAAGAACAAAAGGCACGAGAGCGAGAGGAGAGAAUGAAGAACAAGGCAUUCGAUCUGGAGCCUGAGGAGCCGCCAAUGACAAACGCCGCUCGUCCUCGGGCCAUCAUUCUCGUUCCUACUUCCGAAUUAGUAUCUCAGGUUGGAUCCCAGCUCAAGGAGUUGGCCCACACUGUUAAGUACCGCUCGGGCGAAAUCUCAUCAACUUUCACUCCCCGCCGGAUCAAGAACACCCUCUUCCACCCCGCCGGCAUCGAUAUUCUAGUUUCAACUCCUCACCUUUUGGGCUCUGUUGCGAGGACGAACCCCAAUAUCCUCAGCCGAGUCACUCAUCUUGUACUUGACGAGGCCGAUUCCCUAAUGGACCGAUCAUUCAUCCCAACAACGUCCGAAAUCAUUGCCAAGGUUGCUCCGUCACUCAAGAAAUUGAUCCUCUGCUCAGCCACCAUCCCCCGCAGUCUCGACAACCAGCUGCGCAAGCGCUUCCCUGAUAUGCAGCGCCUAACGACUCCGAACCUGCACGCCAUUCCCCGUCGCGUGCAGCUAGGUGUCGUGGACAUUGAGAAGGAGCCAUACCGCGGAAACAGAAACCUCGCCUGUGCUGAUGUCAUCUGGUCAAUCGGCAAGGCCGGAGAUAGACACGAGCACACCGAGACAUGGGGACCGCUCAAUGCGUACAUGGAGCCGAAGAUCAAGAAGAUCAUCGUGUUCGUCAACGAACGCGAGGAAGCCGACGAGGUCGCACGUUUCCUGCAAUCCAAGGGCAUCGAUGCUGUCUCGCUAUCCCGUGACACCGAUUCCCGCAAGCAACAAGAGACCCUCUCGCGCAGUUCACAGAGAACCGCGCCGCCGGCAGCAUUCCCUUUCGAGCUCCCUGAGCGCCAAGAGCCUAUUCGCCGCCUUCCGGACACCAAGGUUCUUGUCACUACCGAUAUCGCCUCCCGUGGUAUUGAUACCCUGGCAGUGAAGACAGUGGUUCUCUAUCACGUGCCGCAUACGACCAUCGACUUCAUCCACAGACUGGGUCGUCUCGGCCGUAUGGGCAAGCGUGGUCGUGGUGUUGUCCUGGUGGGCAAGAAGGACCGCAAGGACGUCGUCCGUGAGGUUCGCGAGGGCAUGUUCCGUGGCCAGGCUCUGAUCUAG